AUGAAAAUUCUCAAUAGUUUCGGCGAAAAUGACGAUGAAAAAGUUGAUUUCCGAAAAGAGGCACGAAAUUUAUUUAAUAAACUGGCGAAACUAGAAACUGCAAUUUUGAUUGUUUUUUGGGAAGAAAUUUUGGAGAGAUUUAAUGUAGUUAAUAAAAAAGUACAGAGCCCUGGUUUAGACAUUGAUGAAGGCAAUAAGUUAAUAGUGUCAUUAAAAGAGUUCGUGAAAAACAUAAGGCAACAAUCAGAUCAGAAGCUAAAGGAAUACGAAGAGAAAGCUAAAAAAUUAAGUACUAGUGUGGGAACAGACUACAGUGACAUAAAUAAGAGACGCAUUACUUUGAAAUUUUCAGAUAAAUCUACAGAUAAAGUCUCAGUGAACUGCGCAGAAAAAUUUAAAAGAGACACGCUUAACGUUGCGUUGGAUAAGAUGAUUAUGGAUUUAAAUAAUAGAAGCCAAGCCUAUGAGACCUAUAGCAAAAAAUUUAAAUUUUUAAUGGAUUUGCAAGACAAAAAUCAAGAACACAUAGAUCUGGAAAGUGUACGUAAUAUUAUUGAUUAUUAUCCAAAUGACGUAGACGAACAUUUAGUGAAUGAGUGCAUUCAGUUGAAAUCUUACUUACUGCAAUCUAAGACAGAGUCUUACACCUCUUGCAGUGAAAUUUUUUGGCUAAUUUAUGAAAAGAAACUUGUUGAUGUUUUCCCAAACUGCUAUACUAUCUUAAAGAUUUUUUUAACGAUGCCGAUCACUAGCUGUGAAGCGGAGCGUUCUUUCUCCAGGAUGUCGUAUAUAGAAAACAAAUACAGGACAACAAUGUCGAACUAUCGACUAAAUCAUUUAUCAGUUCUUUCGAUAAAUUGCGAUUUAACAAAGGACCUACAGUGCGAUGACCAAAUAAAAGAAUUUGCAGCACAAAAAUGCAGAAAGGUUGCUUUAUAA